AUGUCCCAAUGUGUCCUGAUAACACCUGCAGUCCUGCGAGUAGGGAGAGAGGAGACCAUUAUACUUGAUGCCUAUGAACAAACUUCUGCAUUUACUGCCCAAAUCCAGAUCAUUGACUUUCCCUUGGGCUCUCGCCUCCUCUUCCGGACUGAUGUCCACAUGAAUCCCAAAACCAGUUUCUUAGCUGAAGUUAAAUUGCAGAUAAAAGACUUCUACAGGAAUGAGAACACCAAGCAGUUUGUGCAUGUCUCCGUAAACUCCUCCGUGUGUUCUCUACAGAAAGUCUUGCUCUUGUCAUAUGACAGCGGAUACAUAUUCAUACAGACAGACCAGCCAGUGUAUACCCCGGGCUCAAAAGUUAUGUAUCGUAUUUUCCUCAUGGAUUCAGACCUAAAACCAGCAGAGCGUCAUCUUGUGACUGAAAUUCUGAACCCAGAUGGAGUGAUAGUGUCCAUGGAAGACUUUUCAAGUAGACAAAAUAUUGUCCAGGGUUCAGUAAAGCUACCUGAAUUUGCAAGCCCCGGAACAUGGACCAUAUCUGCAAGACAUGAUGAAGAUGAUAAACGUUACUCCACAGAUUUUGUAGUAAAACUAAAUAAUGAACUCAUACAAACUGAUGUGAAAGUGGAAUUGAAGCCAGAGACAAAUUAUUUCCCCAUUGAUGAUGAGAAGAUUACGGUGGAGAUCCAUGCGCAGUACAAUAUUCACCUACCACUACAUGGAAAAGCUUUUGUCAUGUUUGGAUUGAAGAAGAAUAAUGAGAAAGAACGUCUUACAGAAACCUUAAAACAAGUGGAGAUUUCUAACGGGAAAGGGCGUUUUGAUAUCAAAAGGAAAGAAUUAUUGAAUAACUUCAGAAAGCCAGAAGAUUUACUAGAUUUUACCCUCUACGUGGCUGCCUCGGUUUUUUCUGACUCAGGAAAUCAUAUGCAGAACCCCAGACUGGAAAACAUUCCUUUUGUGAAAUCUCCAUUUAAAAUCUUCUUAACCCAAACACCAAAUUAUUUCACGCCUGGAUAUUACUUGGAUCUGAAGGUUCUUGUCACUUAUCCUGAUGGUACUCCUGCCAAAAAGAUUCCAAUAGUGUCAAGAGAUGUUAGAGGAAUGAGUGAUGAAGAUGGAAUUAGUCACCUGAGAAUCAAUACCAGAUUGGAUACAUUCUCCAUCCAAAUUACGGUCAAAACAGCUCUCCCUUCUCUACCUGUUGAAAUGCAAGCAUCUGCCUCAUUUGUAGCCAAGGCUAAAAGGCAAGAAUCUGGAAAGGUCCUAUUCAUUAAUCCCUCAUCCUACAAAAUAAGGCCUAGAGAAAAGUUCUUCAUGACCAUCAUUGUCUCUAAAGAAGAUGCAGGAUGGAGUGACCAGGACCAGUAUUUCACCUAUUUGAUUCUGAACAAGGGGAAGAUCAUAAGAAGUGAUCGGGUGAAACGGAAUGGUGACCAUACUGACAUAGUUAUAUCAGAUAUUACAGAGGAAUUUAUGCCGUCUUUCCGCAUUGUGGCAUAUUGUACUAUAAAGUCUACCACCGGGACGGAAAUUGUCUCCGACUCCAUCUUGGUAGAGGGCACCGAUUCCUGCAUGGGGACGUUGGUGGUGACAGGCCAAGAAAACCGAGUGUACACCCCCGGCUCUUCCAUGACACUCACGGUGAAAGCUGAUCACAAGGCCAUAGUGGGGUUGGUUACUGUGCAAAAACGACUCUAUGAGCAGAAUGAAAAGCUGAGGAUGUGGCAAAAAAAGGUAUGGGAUAUAAUUGAUAAAUCAGACCUUGGCUGCACCCCAGGAAGAGGAGUCGAUAACAUGGAAGUGUUUUAUGAUGCUGGACUGGCUGUACAGAGCAACUUCAAAGUGGAAACUCGCACGCGAGCAGACUUGCAUUGUAAUACUCACAAAAGCCGGAGCCGCCGCUCUGCUGGCGAAGAUGUUGAAAUAUCUACAGAGGAUGUCUUUUCCAGAACAUUGUUCUCAGACUCAUGGUCUUGGAAGACCGUAUAUAUGUCAGAAAAACCUGAUAAAGAUGGUAUUUCAAGUAAACAAAUACGGAUGUUUUUGAAAGAUUCACUUGCUACAUGGCAAUUUUUAGCAAUAAGCCUAUCUCCAAAAGGUAUCUGUGUUGCUGAACCCUACGAGUACCGGGUUAGGCAAGACUUUUUUGUUGAUCUGAAGCUCCCAUAUUCUGUGCCGAGAAAUGAAGAAGUGGAGAUCCAGGGGGUUGUAUAUAACUAUCAAGAUGUACCUGUAAAGGUAAAGUUGUUUCUAAUUUACAACAAAGAUUUCUGCAGUCUGUCAACGCCGAAUAAAGAUUAUUACCAGGAUGUGACCAUUGGACCGCAGUCUUCACAUGUGGUGCCUUUCAUCAUUAUACCACUUGUAUUGGGUUCUUGCAGGGUAGAAGUGAAGGCAAUUGGUUCUCCAUUCAGAACAGACGGAAUCCAGAAAUUUGUGAUAGUGACGCCAGAAGGUGUUCAGGUGAUCAGACCGCUGAUACCAAUAGUUUUGGACCCAGCAGUAAAUGGAAAAGAAGGCAUUCAAGAAGUGAAAAUUCCAAUGGUUCAAAGUUCCACUUAUCUCCGAACGAAUAUCAGGACCAUGGUCACCAUUCGAGGACUUCCCGCCUCCCAUAUUGCCGAAAAACCAAUCGAUGGCCUUAAUCUAAAGCAUCUGAUUAAACCAAUAGGACAAACCUUCAACAAGGAGCUGUGUAUGAAUAUGGCUGCUCUUCACUACCUAGAUGUCACAAGCCAAUGGGAAAAAAUAGGAUUCCACUACAGAGCUCAGGCCUUGAAACAUUUAACUGAUGGUUUCAGUAAACAACGGACACUUAGUAAACCUAAUUAUUCUUAUGGAAUUUCCCAAGGAAAGCCAUCAAGCACAUGGUUUACCGCCUUUGUUGUAAAAGUUCUAUAUGCUGCUUGGACCAAGAUCGAAGUUGACACGAAAUUUGUUUGUGGCGCCAUCAAAUGGUUAAUUUUAGAGAAGCAAAGUUCAGAUGGAUCAUUUGUGGAGGAUGACCCUGUCUCUGACCAAUCAAUGACAGGAGGACUGAAUCAGUCUCCAGAACCAAAAACCCUUCUGACAGCCUUCGUGCUCAUUGCUAUGCUGGAGACACAAAACCUUUGUCACCAAUCGAUUAAUAAUUUAGAGUACAGUGUUGCCAUGGCCUCCUUGUAUUUGGAACAAACGUAUACAGCUCUGACCGCACCAUAUUCCAUCGCAAUUACUUCCUAUGCGCUUUCUCUUUCGGGAAGACUUAAAAGCACUACAAAAUUGAUGUCUGCAGCUACAGAUAAGUCCCAGUGGAAGGAUAUGGGCUCUGAUCAUGUGACUAUAGAGGGGACAUCAUACGCUCUCCUCACACUCCUCACUAUAAAGCAGUAUGACCUGACCGCUCCCAUUGUCCGCUGGCUCAUAAGCCGAAGAUUUUAUGGAGGAGAAAGCGCUAUGCAAGCUACUAUCCUCAUGUUUAAGGCUCUGGCUCGGUACCAUUCGGAAGUUCCAUCACUUGAUGAGGUGAACAUGGAGAUCACGGCUAGGAACAUGCCUCUGGACUAUACUUUUCAUCUUCAUAAAAAGGCUUUGGUGGAACGCACCUUUGAGAUAUACAACCAAGAUGUUGUGGUGACAGCUAAAGGAAAGGGACAGGCUCUUCUGGCGGGUAAAACCAUCUACUAUGAAGCCAAACCAAAGAGAGAAACUAUUUGUAAGAAUUUUGACCUCUCCGUGACAUUGAACCCAGAAACUACAGAGAGAAGACCACAAGGGGCAAAACAAACAUUCUCCAUUGAUAUCUGUGUCAGACACCAAAAAGUGGUCGACGCUGCCUCGUCCAUCCUGAAUAUCACCAUGCUGACUGGAUUCUUUCCUGAUCUCGAGGGUCUUAAAAAGCUAAGGUCGGAGCCACUUGUUGGAAGAUUUGAGAUGGAUAUGGAAACGUCUGAGAGAAGUCACCUGAUCGUCUUCCUGCACAACAUCCCCCACAAGGAAGAGAAGUGCCUCAAGAUUCGUGGCCACCAGUAUUAUGAUAUUGGCCGCAAUCAGCCGGCCCCUGUCACCGUCUACGAAUAUUAUGCACCAGCAGAAAACAGCUGUACAGCCUAUUAUAACGUGGAAAAGCUCCAUGCCAUCCCCUCCGCCAUCUGCCAAAAUGGAGAAUGUCGCUGCUUUCAAGAUAACUGUGCUGGAUCCCAGACAGCACAAGAAGACUUCAGUGUAGCCACGAGACUGGAGAAGGCGUGUAAAGCACCAGCCGAUUAUGUCUAUAAAGUCACUAUUGCAGACAUCGAGUCCGGUGAUACAUAUGACUCCUAUGUGAUGUCCGUAGACAGGAUUUUUAAGUCAGGUACAGAUCAAGUGCUUCCUGGUGAAUCUCGGAAGUUUGUCCGUGGCAAGAGCUGCUGGCACCAAUUUGGUUUUGCUGUUGGAAGAAGUUACCUGGUGUGGGGGAAGAUUGACAGUAUCUGGGACCAACAUUCACAAUACAUCUACUUCAUUGACAACGAUUCAUGGAUUGAGUCAUUUCCCAGUGAGACAGAAUGUCUACUUCCUAAGAACGGAAAGAUUUGUGAUGAUCUAUCAACCUUCACGGAGCAUCUGGAAUUCUUUGGUUGUCAUCAAGAAUAAUUUCCUUUUUCUUUGCAGUAAAUGUUCCAUUAAAGAAUCUUUCUAGAUCUUCCAUCCCGGACCACCACUGGAUUAGGUCCUAUUUUACGGUUUCAUUUCACGAUAUUCAAUGAAAAUAAUUUUAAAAAAUCCCACUUUUUGAUAUUUGUUGGUGAUGUUUUCUUGGAUAAGUGUAAUUAUACCUUGAAAGGACUAUAAAGAUUAUAAUAAUAAAUCACA